AUGUACGGUUCGUACGGCUCUUACAGCUCCAUGGGCUCCCUCACCAUGUCGGCCCCCAUGGAUAUCACCUCGAGCAACAUGCUCGCCCACGACAGGUCUUGCGCCUUCCCCUCGUGGCCGCGUCGCGACUCUCUCUCUUCGGCCGAGAGCGAGCGCCCGACAUCCUACCUCUCGGACGACGAUCUCUUCCCUUCGGACCCCUUUGAGGACGACGCCCACAGCGUAACGAGCACCGGUUCCUGUGCGUCGCCCACGGUGGCCGAGGACGAGAUGCAACUUCAGCUUCAGAUGGAGCGCGAACGCCAACGUCACGCCGCCAUGGAGCGCGAGGCCGCCCUCCGUUACGUGAUCAACGAGAAGGAGCGCCGCCGCACGGCCAUGGCCAUGAAGCGCCGUGCUGCCAAGGGGUCUUCGAGCUCAUCCAAGAAGAGCCCCAAGAGCAAGCUCGCUUCCAUGACGCCCAUUUCCGAGUGA